GGUGCGGGCCGGGUGCGCGAGGCGGGGCGGGGGGCUGCCGGCUGCGCUGGGGCCGGCGCGGCUGCCCUGCGUACGGGCGCGCCAUGGACUUCAACAUGAAGAAGCUGGCGUCGGACGCGGGCAUCUUCUUCACCCGGGCGGUGCAGUUCACAGAGGAGAAAUUCGGCCAAGCGGAGAAGACUGAGCUUGAUGCCCACUUUGAAAACCUCCUGGCUCGGGCAGACAGCACCAAGAACUGGACAGAGCGGAUCCUGAGGCAGACGGAGGUCUUGCUGCAGCCCAACCCCAGUGCUCGUGUGGAAGAGUUCCUGUAUGAGAAGCUGGACAGAAAGGUGCCCUCCAGGGUCACCAAUGGGGAGCUGCUGGCUCAGUACAUGGCGGAAGCGGCCAGCGAGCUGGGGCCCAGCACCCCCUAUGGGAAGACACUCAUCAAGGUGUCAGAAGCUGAAAAACGCCUGGGAGCCGCAGAACGGGAUUUCAUUCACACUGCCUCCCUCAGCUUCCUCACACCCUUGCGCAACUUCCUGGAAGGGGACUGGAAAACAAUUUCGAAGGAGAGGCGGCUGCUGCAGAACCGACGUCUUGACCUGGACGCCUGCAAAGCACGGCUGAAGAAGGCCAAGGCAGCAGAAGCCAAAGCCACGACGGUGCCUGACUUUCAGGAGACUAGACCUCGUAAUUACAUUCUCUCGGCCAGCGCCUCCGCGCUUUGGAACGAUGAAGUAGACAAGGCUGAGCAAGAACUUCGAGUGGCCCAGACAGAGUUUGACCGGCAGGCAGAAGUGACUCGUCUCCUGCUGGAGGGGAUCAGCAGCACCCAUGUGAACCACCUCCGCUGCCUCCACGAGUUUGUCAAGUCGCAGACAACCUACUAUGCACAAUGCUACCGCCACAUGCUGGAUCUGCAGAAACAACUAGGCAGAUUUCCAGGCACCUUUGUGGGCACUACAGAACCUGCCUCCCCACCCCUGAGCAGCACCUCACCCACCACCACUGCAGCCACCAUGCCUGUGGUACCCACAGGGGCUGGCUUGGCCCCUCCGGAAGAGGCAGCACUCUGCCUAGAGGAGGUGGCUCCCCCAGCCAGUGGGACCCGCAAGGCCCGGGUGCUCUACGACUAUGAGGCAGCUGACAGCAGUGAGCUGGCCCUGCUGGCUGACGAGCUCAUCACUGUCUACAGCCUGCCUGGCAUGGACCCUGACUGGCUCAUUGGGGAGAGAGGCAACAAGAAGGGCAAGGUCCCUGUUACCUACUUGGAACUUCUCAGCUAAGCAGCCCCUUCCAGGCCCGCCAUUGACCUUGUCUGCUGGUGACAAAGCUGUUUAGGAUAGGGGACCUAACCCUGUCUGGCUGUGGCCCUGUCAACCAGCUAGGAAGGACCCCAUUCAACAGAAUGUCCCCAGGCCCCUCUGCUAGCCCUGCUUCUGACCUGCAUCCCUGCACACUCCAGGCUUCCCAGCUCCCUUAAGGCAGGAGGGUACUACACUUGGUACCAUGAUGUGCAGGGAAUGCUCUCGGCAUGAGAAGAACAGCUGCCUUCUAGCUGUGGAAGGCUGAGGGGUAAGCAGCGAACAGGCAGGGCUAACACUCAGGGACCAGAAGGUCGGCCAGAGCAGCAGGGCCGUGGGCUGCCCUCCCCUCUUUCCCUCACAGCUCUGGCUGGGUGCCGUUUCUAAUUGGCAUUCUUUCUGCUUGCUCUCUGGCAAAUAAAUCCUUUGUGUGCAAA